AUGAAGGUGCCUCUUCAAUUAGAUCUUCAAGUAGACGGGUUCAUCUGGCUCUUAAGAGAGAGAUCCCGACAGUCAUUGACAACUUCAUCUCAAGACAGCUCCCAUUUCCAUCCUUGUCAUACAACAUGGUUCAUUGCACUCAGUGUAGCAUUGGCUGGGAUGACAAAGGCUCGCUGUAAGGAAGGCAAAGAAGGAAAAGAAAAUGAAGGAUCCACACAAGCCAAAGAGGCCUCCAAGUGCUUUUCUGUUUUCAUGAAGGGAUUAGGAAACAGCAUAAGGAAGAAUAUCCAAACAACAUAUCAGUUGUUGUUGUUGGAAAAGCUGGUGGAGAUAAGCGGAAGUCCACGAGUGAUGAGGUAA